AUCAGUAAUACAUCUUUAGCAGUGAUAGGAUGCCGAUUGAUAUUGUUAGUUCAGUGUUGUUUGAUGGACCGGACUCGGUUCCAGGAGUGGACUUGGCCAUUAAGUAUGGUCCCGUUGUGCUUACGGUGGCUGCACUCAAGUACUAUUUUGGCGGAAGUACCAAUACUUGGGAAAGAGACAUGCAUGGGAAAGUUUUCAUAAUGACGGGAGCCACUAGUGGGGUAGGGGCAUACCUAGCGUAUUACCUUGCAUCCAAGGGAGCCCAAUUGAUUUUAUUGGUGAGAAGUACUGAAGAUCAAUGGAUAAUUGAUUAUGUUGAAGAUUUGAGAGACAAGACAUCUAAUUUCAUGAUUUAUGCCGAACAGUGUGAUUUGAAUUCUUUACAUUCAAUCAGAUUGUUUGCCACCAAAUGGUUGGAUAAUAAACCAGCAAGAAGGUUGGAUGGGGUAUUAUGUUUGGCUAGUGAAUCUAUACCAAGAGGUAAAUCUAGACAAGUUACGACUGACGGGGUUGAAAAACAAAUUGGAGUCAAUUACUUGGGCCAUUAUCAUUUGUUAACGUUGUUACAACCUUCUUUACAAGUGCAACCACCGGAUCGUGAUGUUAGAGUGGCAGUUGCCACUUGUGCUCUGCAAGCGCUUGCUAAACUCGACCAUGAUGAUUUAUUUUGGUUAAAUAAAAGAUAUCCUUCUAAUGCGCCAUGGAAAGUUUAUGGACAAUCCAAGUUGUUAUUGGGGUUGUUCACCCAGGAAUAUCAAAGAAGAUUAAAUCAAUAUGAAAGACCCGAUAAGGCCCCUUGUGGAGUAAGAAUCAACUUGGUAAAUCCAGGUAUUAUGCGUACUCCAUCAACACGAAGGUUUUUAUCGAUGGGUAGUAUAGUUGGGUUGGUUAUUUACCUUUUGCUAUUCCCAAUUUGGUGGAUUUUUUUCAAAAAUAGUAUUCAAGGAUCACAAUCCUUUAUAUUUGCCUUGUGUGCUCCAGUUUUCAUCAACUUGGACGGUGGUCAAUUGAUUCAAGAAUGCAAAAUAUUAAGUAAAAAACGCUCAGAGUAUCAAGACGAAGAAUUACAAAAAGAUCUCUUCGACGAAACCGCCAAAAUUAUUGAAAAAUUGGAAAAACAAUCUGCAAUCGAACGUAAGAAGCAAGAACUGGAAAACUUAAAUAACUUGCCUUUAAAAGAAAAACUCAAACGUCAAGCACAAGAAGAAAAGAAAAGAGCCAAUCUACAUGAAAAACCAGAAUCUCCUGAAGAAUUAGAUGCAAAAUUCAAUACCUUGAAGAAAUCUCUAGGUAUUCCUGAAUCUAAUCCAAACGACUUAGAAAUUCCUUCAUUUGCACCCACGAAAUUAGAAGAAGAAUUACUAAAAACAGCCCCGUCUAAAACCACCGGCCAAUCUACAAAAUCAACUUCCCAAAAGAAGAGAAAUAAAAGAAAAACUUAAUCCCAACUCGUAAAUUAUCCAUUUUCUAAACUCGAAUCCCGCUAAAAGGGGAGAUUUUCUCUGUUGGAGGGAAAAAAAAGAAGAAGGUGCUGUUGAGUCUGCCAGAUAAAUACGGCAAUCAAAAGCGAUGGCUUCCUCCUUGAAUCUCACUCUCCCAUUCACCAGAUGAAACGGAUUGUGCUCAAUCUAUAUAUGUAAUACACAAUUGUAUAUCUAUCUAGCUAUAUCUCCAUACUAGUUGAUUUACUGGCUGUA